UUAUCCUUUUGCCUUUUUGUCAAUCUGUAAUUGAGAUACUGUGUUAUUACUUACUUACCUUAUUCCCCCCCUACCCCGUACAUAUAAAAGUGUAGCCCGACCACAUUACAUUAUACUUACUUAACAUUUGCAAUUUCAGUUUCUCUCGUGUUGCUCUGCCGAUAAGCUCGUUGGGGGGAUUGAGGGGAUAAAAGCAUUGCAAUCAUUGGAUGUACUCUUACUUUCGUAAUGUACCUCUAGCUGCGGGCUGAUCGCAACAUCCAUACUACCACGCCCAUACUAUACUACGCCAUACUAGUAGUAAUCAAUCAUACUACUCCAUACACUCCAUAACAGCUCCAGCCAACUCGAUUACUACUCGUCCAACGUCCAUCAUCGUCCAUACUGGAGUAGUCCUAGCCCUACUAGCCUUGCAAAAAGCGGUCGAAUACGAAAGCCACAGCACCCAUUAGCACCCAUUAGCACCCAUGAGCACCCACAGCGCCCAAAAUCCCACCAUCGACAUCUGGCCACUCACUGUCACUCUAACCCCUUGCGACGAUUACCGCACUAUAGUACUAUAGUACUACUACUACUACUCUCUCCUCCCUCGUACAGGAAAAGUAUCUGAAGUGGGAAAAAGAGGAGAUAGACAUAUACAGCCUCGAAAGCCCUUUUUCUUCCUCCGCUUUCAACAUUGUACCCUACUCUUAUCUCACCUGAACCCGAUCAUAAGUUUCGCUAUAGUUCCGCUAGACACACCAGAGACAUCACUACUGCAAACUCCGCGCCAACUGUACAUACUGUACGUCGAUACGAUACGGCUUCUAUCGACCGGAACCUACACCCCUGCUUCCCCCCCAUACUCGACUUGCCCCGAGUACAAGGCGUACGUAGUCGCAGUCGCUUAUCUUUUGUGUUCGUGCUGUGAGCACUACAUACUAUCCCAUCAGCCACAGCGACAACCACCAGACGGUCCCCGACCCUCUGGUGUAUCUCUCAGCCUUCGCUCUGGCUACCUCCACUCCCGUCUCGACGUCGUCUUCGUCGCAAGUUUCAUCUUUCUCACAUCGGCGACGGAGAUCAUCAGCUGCUGCUGGCAUUCCUCACAUUCCACAGACUCUCAACGUCCAGGACGCGAACGACGCUUCAGCACGAGGGCGCGGCGGAGGCUCUUCUCUCUCUCCCAUUCCAGGCACACCCAAUCCCUCGAUGUCGCUCUCACGGUCGCCGUCUCCCAACGAGGACGGCGGAUGGUCCAGCCCUGGGCUCACGACAAAUUAUGUCGAAACGAGCGGGCGGGCAAGUCCUGCCACUGGAUUGCGCGGGGCGAAUGCGAACACUAACAGCGUGACGUGGGAUGGCGCAAGGAAAAAGAGCUCGAAAGUCAAUGGCGGGUAUCCCUCCUUCUCGACACAGAACAAUGGCUUUUUCAGCAGACACAUGCGCAACAUCUCAACUAGCUUGCCCAAAUUCGUGAUCACCCCAGACGAUUCGAAGUACGCUGAGAAGGAGAAGCUGGGCCGUGGGCGGUGGAUGCCCAACAGGAGCAGCAAACUCGGCCGAUUGGCAAACUUUUCCAUAAACACAUUUCAGAAGUUCAGACUUCGCUUUUUGAUCGUCUUUGGACUGAUCUUCGCAACGAUUCUCUUUUACACGACUCCGUUGCAUUACUACUGGCGUAGAGCGCCUUUAUUGGGAGGCGGUAAGAAGUUUGUCAUUAUAUUGGCAGCAAACCAAGGAGGAGGAGUGAUGGAAUGGAAGGGCCCUCGCGAAUGGGCGAUUGAACGAGACAGCAUACGAAAUAAGCGCAGAUACGCGGCGAGAUGGGGUUACGACUUGGAGAUUGUGGAUAUGAGCACGAAGAAACGAUACGCACAUGAAUGGCGAGAGAGCUGGGAGAAGGUGGACACCAUCAGGAACUGCUUGACAAAGUACCCUGAUGCUGAAUGGUUCUGGUGGCUGGACUUGAAUACGUUUAUUAUGGAGCCAUCCUACUCCCUCCAGUCCCACAUCUUCAACAACCUCGCAGCCAACACCUACCGAGAUAUUAACCACUACAACCCGCUCAACAUCAGCCAUCCGUUCACCGAUAAAUACCUGGACGAGAAAUCAUUGUCUCCCGUCGGCGACGGAAAGGCCAAUUCUAUCAACUUGGUAGUGCCGCAAGAUUGCAGUGGCUUCAACCUUGGCUCCUUCUUCGUCAAGCGCAGCCCAUGGACCGACCGCCUGCUUGACGUCUGGUGGGACCCGGUAGCCUACGAGCAGAAGCACAUGGAAUGGGAGCACAAGGAACAGGAUGCCUUGGAGUUCAUGUACUCCGCUCAGCCGUGGAUCAGGCCACACACUGCAUUCAUCGAACAACGCAAAGCAAACUCAUUCCCGCCUGACGCCUGCAACAGCCACGGCAACGAUCCUCUAAUUCACUACGACCGAAAGGGCCGUGAUUUCCUAGUCAACAUGGCAGGCUGCGAGUGGGGACGCGAUUGCUGGGGAGAGAUGUACAACUACCGAGAACUGAGCAACCUGCUUAACCGCAACCCAUGGGAGCUGUUCAAGGAGGAGAUUGUCGCCGUUAUCUGGUUCAAGUUGACUGGGCAGAAAGUAAGGCUGUGAUGAGCUAGUCUCGGGAGCCUCACACAAACCUAUAUACGCACCAAGACACUCCUUUCUCCCCACGGCGACACUUUUGUUAUAUGUUCUCGCAUUGUCGGCCCUCGACGGGUCAUGAUACCCACGCCUUGUUCGCAAAUAUACCACGUCAAUAACGCCUACCUUCUUGUACCAUAUAAUCCAUAAUCUGGCUGGAACAUCAACGAGCACGCCUUCAAAUGAUCGAUCAAAAGGGAAACGCGCUCUCUCACGCGCCGGGCAUUAAAGAUGCAAAUUUUAUCUUCCUUUCCGCUGUUUCACUUUCUUGACUCACUUCGCGUCCACGUCCCAUCGCAUGCACGAUGCGACGCGUGUUGGACCCGCCCUUCAUUCUGGGUGUUUGGUUUGGGAGUUUUAGAUGGGCUGUUCCAUGCAUGGUGGCGCAAAAACUUACCUCUUCAUGUAUUUAAAACUUUGUUUGUUUUCCGUUUAUUUGGUGGUUGACGGAGGGAGCCAUGAUGUAUCAUAGUAUUGAGCCGGCCCAUGUAGGGAGGGAGUGGUCGGUCGGGAUAGCAGCAACCCGUUGGAAUGAGGGAGAUUCUCGUUUCAGAAAUCAAUUAACUGGAAUUGCUCACUUCCGGUUUCACAGAUGUUGUUGUGAUUUGAAACACUGCGAUUUGUCUUGAUGAGGUGGCUGUAGGUCUUAAAAUACGACACAGUAACUGUAAAUAGUAACGAUG